AUGAUCUCCGACGAUGAUCUCUACCGCCUCGCCAUCUUCCUUGGCUCCUGCGCCAUGAUGAUGAUUGUCCUAUACCACUUCCUCGAUGUCAAUUCCAGCGAGGAGGAACCAGAGACUACCGAAUCAGCAACCCAAAUGAAGGCUGAGGAGGCUGUGCCAGUGGUAUCCACAGACAGGGGGUCAGUUUCAGGGAAGGGGAAUUGA